AUGAAGGCCAGAUGCAAGACGAAAGUUGACGAAGGACUGACAAGAGAAGAUGGUCCACUCACUGCAUCCGAGUUAAGUGUUGCUGAACUGUACUGGAUCAAGGAGGUACAGAAACCACUUCAUGAACGCUUGAGGUCUGGUGAAUUCAAGGUUCUAAGUCCAUUUCUCAGUGAAGGUAUCAUCAGAGUUGGAGGAAGGGUAGAUAAGAUCAAACGAUCGUAUGAAGCAAGACAUCCAACUCUUAUCCCUAAUGGCCAUCAUGUAGCUAAGCUUAUCACUCGCUACUAUCAUCAGCAAGGUCAUGCGGGAGUAGCUACAACAUCAGCUAAAGUCCGGACGAGAUACUGGAUUCCAGGAGUUCAACGUCUAGCCAAAUCUGAGAAGUACAGAUGUGUAACAUGUCGAGAGAUGGAGAAAAGAGCGGAAACUCAGUUUAUGUCUGAGCUACCUGCUGAAAGGAUGAUGCCUUUUACGCCACCAUUCUACGCCACAUCUUGUGAUUACUUCGGACCGAUACCAGUGAGAAUAGGGCGUAACAAGACUGCGAAGUACUAUGGCAUCAUCUUCACAUGUCUGAACACCAGAUCAGUCCACUUAGAGGUUGCACCUGAUUGCUCGACUAUGGAGUUCCUGCAGGCUUUACGACGUUUUUUCGCAAUCCGUGGCCAACCUUCUUGCUUAAUCAGUGACAAUGGGAAGCAGUUUGUUGGAGCCGAGAGAGAGCUGCGAGAAAUGUUAGAGGGCUGGAAUGCAGAUGAGCUAAAGGAGUUCUGUGCUGAGAGGGGCACCGACUGGAGGUUUGUGACGCCAUUAGCACCUCAUCAUAACGGGUGCGCAGAAGCCCUAGUCAAAAGCUGUAAAUUAGCAUUGAAGAAGGCUAUCAAGGAUCAUUGCCUUUUUCCUUUCGAGUUGUACACAUACCUUCAAGAAGUGGCCAAUCUAGUUAAUCAACGCCCCAUCGGGAGGAUUCCCACAGACCCAGAUGAUGAUUCUUACCUAUGCCCUAAUGAUAUCUUGUUGGGUAGGGCAUCUAGCCACGUUCCUCAAGGACCUUUCCGUGAUACCAAGAAUCCCCGUCACCGAGUCGAAUUCGUCCAGAAGAUCGUCGAUUCAUUCUGGAAAUCUUGGAUUCGUGAUGUCUUCCCUUUGCUUGUACCAAGAAAGAAGUGGAACGUUGACAGACGCAAUCUCAGGGUCGACGAUGUUGUGAUAGUAGCGGAUCCAAAUACCAUCCGGGGUAAAUGGACUUUAGGUCGUAUAACUCAAGUGUACCCUGGAGAUGACGGGAAGGUCAGAUCAGUCAAAGUCAAAACUAAAGACUCUGAAUAUAAGAGACCCAUCACGAAGAUAGUAGUUAUAUACCCUUCGGAAGGUUACGUAGAGGAAUAA